AUGGGCUGCGACCAGUGCAAGAAAAGAAGGGUCAAGUGUGAUGAGACUGGUCCACCAUGUGCACACUGCAUUGCUAGAGAGUUGAGCUGCUCCUACUACAACACCCCCAAACCACGUAGUUUAGCGAAUGGGGCAUCUGCUAGUCCUUUGUCCAUUACCUCUUCUGGCGAGGGGCACAUUGCUGAAACGUCGGGCCGGUCCUUUAACUCCGGAACCUCAAGCCUGACCAAGGGUUCCAACUUGCGAGAGCUGGAGCUCAUGCACAAAUUCUCCACUGAAACGUACCUGAGUCUCUCGAAUAAACCAUCGGACUACCAUGUCUGGCAAAUGGUCAUUCCCCGCAAAGCUCUUGAACAUGAUUUUCUUCUGAACGGAGUUCUUGCGGUUGCUGCUUUGCAUAUAGCUUCAACGCUCAAGCCGCCAGAUGCACUGACCUAUAUUGACACGGCCCUGGAAUACCACAAUCAUGCUUUUGCCCCAUACCGACAAGCUAUAGAUAACCUGACCCCUAUGAAUUGCGAUGCUGUAUUCGCCCACUCCGUGCUCACUACGGUCAUUGGUAUAGCUUUACCACGGCUGACUGCGGAGCGCGACAAGAGUUCAGGCAUCACUGAAAAUAUCGUCGUGGUCUUCGAGCUAUUGCAAGGCGUAAGCAAAAUUUUCAAAAUCAGCCGCCCAUGGCUCACAAUGCAGCUAUUCACCUCACAAGAUGACUCGGACAAAAUGACGACGUCGAAACUAGACAGCGAAACGGAGCGUGCGUUGAACCGACUAGCCGCAUUGAACGACGAUAUUGUGGCUACCGUGGACCCCGAUCAGUAUCGUAUAGUGAAGGACGCUAUCUGUCGCCUCCAUGAAUGCUUUACUCAACAUGCUACCGACAGGGAUGCGGCAUCCGUACUCAGGUGGCUCGCAGUAGCGAGCAAGGAAUUUGCCCACGCCCUAAGGUGUCGAAAACCCUUCCCCUUGAUGGUGCUUAUGUACUGGGGCGUACUUCUUGGCGAACUCGAUGGGAAAUGGUGGUGGGCGCAAAGCUCGGGUACGGCUCUGGUUUCUGAGCUCUUGGCCGCUCUGCAACCCGGAGAUAUCCGUUGGGAGGAGGCUCGGUUAUGGCCCAAGCAUAAAAUGGGGCUAUGA